CUCCUCCUCCUCCAUUCCGGCCCUCUCGCCCGUCCGUCUCCUGCCCCCGUCCCUGGUCGGACCACGAGAGCCCCGGACUGCGUUCACCUCUGCCUUUUGUUCACCCCUCUUGUCUCGUGCGUGCGACAACAACUGGGCGACCGCCGCCGCCGCCCUACGCCAGGUGCGCAGGUCUUCGUCGGAUCCUUCGCCGGCGAGGCGACGAGCACCCACCAGGUGAUGCCCCCGGCUUAAUUGAAUGGGCUCUCUUCUCACCAGGACUGGCAUCCUGCCAUGGCUCCAGGCCAAGAUCGUUGAUCCCGUGCUGCAGGUCAUCAGAAGGGGAGCAGAACCCAAGCAACUGGCCUUCUCUGCUGCCCUCGGUGUCACGAUUGGGAUCUUUCCGAUAUGUGGGACCACUGUUAUUCUUGGUGCUGUUGUUGUAGCAAUGUUGGGAAGUCGUUGCAAUGCUGUUACUCUUAUGGUUCUAAAUUUGGCCGCCACUCCAAUUGAACUAAGCUUGAUCGUCCCUUUCUUGCGUUUGGGUGAAGCCGUCACUGGCAGCGGGCACUUCCCCUUGACAGCCGACGCAUUGAAGAAUGUUCUCACCGGUCAUGCCUCAAAGGAUGUGCUAAUGAGCAUCGUCCAUGCGAUGCUGGGUUGGCUUAUUGCUGCACCAAUUGUACUGGUCGUGCUGUACGCCGUUUCGUUCCCUUGUUUCAAGGUCCUGGUCAACAGGUUUGGUGGUAUUCCUUCGAGCCCCAGGACCCCAAUCAAAGCGGUGUAGCCAGUGCCUGGCCGGAUCCUCUGCAGUUACAUCCGUGGACAUAGCUGCAGAUGUGUCGCUGACAUCCGGGGCCGGCCGUGGCGUGGCCCCAAACGUCAGUGACUCGACGUAAUUGCAGAGGAAACGGUUUCAGCCAGUGAGGCAUGCUGAAUGCCCCUGGAAUUGUGUGCACCAAGUUCUUUGUGAUGCCGUCGGAUUGAGAUGGGUUCCGGCAUCAUGUUGCUCGGCCAUCCCAGGCACUGGCGAAUAAAUAUGAUGACUUGAGAGGCAUGUGUCCUCUGUGAUUGUGUAUGCUGGUUUCACAACCAUAUAUAGCGAGAUGCGUAUUUAUGAAUUUAUGAAGUCUUGAUAAAUAAAGCUAGGAAGCACAGGGGUCACGGACCAUUGUGCCAUUCUUCCCGAUGUAGGCGUGGGUUGUGUUCAGCUAAAUUUUCUGUGGGCGUUGUACAUGCUUGCAGGAAUUCAGUGCCAGCUGUUUGAAAUUUGAAUCAUAGGUUCAGUGGCAAGGCAACUUGGUGCUUAAGAAUCCUACUAAAAUGCACUCACUACGUUUCAAUUAUAAGAUUUUUCUAGAUGUAUGCCAAUAUAUCGGUGAUAUUAGAUGUUUUCAUCUUAUUCCCAUCGAGGAAUGUUGUCUUUACAACCAUCCGAUGUAACUCUAAGUUGUAAUGAGCAGUAAGCGUCAUAUUAUUCUAGAGGAAUUUUUUGUUGAAACAGGUGAGGAAGUUUUUAUUAUAACCAAUUCCUUCUCUGAAGUUUUUGGCC